UUGUUGAACAGUAAGAGUUUGGAAGCGCGCGAUAGCGGUUAAGCCAUACCGCAAAUUAGUCACUCGUACGCAUACUGGAAAUUCAAAACAAAAUGUUAAUUAAAGGGUGUGCGAUCAUUUUGAGUUUAGUCCUUAUGGGCUUCGGCACGACCAGCGUGUUGGCACAGUUAAAGGAUGAUACGGAAGUUAUCAACUAUAGACUGCCCGAGAGCGUUUACCCCACCAACUACGAUCUAUAUCUGCAUCCAGAUAUCGAGACGGGUGAUUUCUCUGGCCAAGUAAUCAUCAGAGUGAACACCACAAGCGUCAUCAGCGAAAUUGUGCUACACUCAAGCAACUUAAACAUUAGUAGUGUAUACUUAAAGAACACCGGAAGCUCCACGAUUUAUGUAAGAAGCUAUGAACUGGAUACAUUGCGCGAAUUUCUGAUCAUCACAUUGAGCGAAGAGCUGAGCGCUGGACGUGUCUUUGAUAUUGGCAUAAUAUUUGCUGGUAAUAUGGAUGGAAAAAUUACGGGUCUCUAUAGUUCAUCAUAUCUGAAGGAGGACAAUAGUAAAAAACUUAUCGCUACUUCAAAAUUCGAACCCACCUAUGCACGUCUCGCCUUUCCGUGCUUCGAUGAGCCAGCAAUGAAGGCAACAUUUCAAAUCACGCUCGUACAACCCUCAGGGGAUGAUUAUCAUGCGCUCUCCAAUAUGAAUAUUGCUAGUACUUCCUAUCAGGGUAAAUAUACCGAGGUGUACUUCAACCAAAGCGUGCCGAUGAGCACAUAUUUGGCCUGUUUUAUUGUUUCGGAUUUCCAAAGCAAAUCUGCCGAAAUCGAUACGAAGGGUAUUGGUGACACAUUCACAUUGCGCGCUUUUGCCACACCCGAGCAGUUAGAUAAAGUCGAUUUCGCUUUGGAAGUCGGUAAAGCUGUUAUGGAAUAUUAUAUACAAUAUUUUCAAAUUGAAUAUCCACUGCCGAAAAUGGACAUGGUCGCAAUACCCGACUUUGUCUCCGGCGCUAUGGAACAUUGGGGUCUGGUGACUUAUCGGGAAACCGCACUACUUUACGAUAACGAGGAGAGUUCGACGGCGAAUAAGCAACGUGUGGCGUUGGUCAUUGCUCACGAGUUUGCUCAUAUGUGGUUUGGAAAUUUGGUAACUAUGAAAUGGUGGAAUGAUUUGUGGCUUAAUGAGGGUUUCGCUAGAUAUAUUGAGAACAAGGGUAUCAAUGCUGUAUUUCCAGAAUGGAAAAUGCUUGAUCAAUUCAUUGUAACACGCCUGCAUGAAGUUCUCACACUCGAUGCCACCUUAGGCUCGCACCCCAUCAUACAGACUGUUGAGAGUCCCGCUGAAAUAACGGAAAUAUUCGAUACAAUCACAUAUGGCAAGGGAGGUUCGCUCAUACGCAUGUUAGAGGAUUUCAUUGGCGCUGAGAAUUUCCAGAAAGCUGUUACUAACUAUCUAAAUGAAUAUAAAUUCAAAAAUGCUGUCACCGAAGAUUUCUUAAAUGAAAUUGAAAAAUUGGGCUUAGAUUUGGAUGUGAAAACGAUUAUGAAUACUUGGACUGUACAAAUGGGUUUCCCCGUUGUGACUGUCGAGCAGGUAUCAACCACAAAAUAUCGCCUCACUCAGAAGCGCUUCUUUUCGAAUCCUAAGGACUAUGAGAGUGAAUACAACGAUUCGCCAUACAAUUAUACCUGGUCUAUUCCAAUCACUUUCAAGACAAGUUCUUCCGAUAACGUUCAACGUGCCUGGUUCUUAUACAAUCAGGACAGUCUCGAGAUCGAUUUGGAUGGUUCCGUGGAUUGGAUUAAAUUCAAUUUCGAUCAAACCGGUCUCUAUCGCGUCAACUAUCCCGAUGCAUUGUGGCAAAGUUUGGCUAAUGAGUUGAUUGAAAAUCCAGAGACCUUCAGUGUUGGUGAUCGUGCUAGUAUUUUGAACGAUGCCUUCUCACUCGCCGAUGCUACACAGCUUUCGUAUGACAUCGCAUUCGAUUUGAUGAAAUAUUUAGCUAAAGAAGAGGACUACGUGCCGUGGAGUGUAGCCGUCUCUAAGCUGACUUCCCUCAAGAAUUCAUUAAUGUUCACCGAGACUUAUAUAAACUAUAAACAGUACGCAAGUGAUUUAAUAGAACCCAUAUAUAAGAAGGUUGGCUGGACGGUGAGCACAGAUCAUUUGGAAAACCGCUUGCGUCAAGCUGUACUCAGUGCCGCCUGUUCACUCGGCGUUGAGUCUUGUCUGGAGGAGGCAGCAGUAAGCUUUAGAGCUUGGCUUGCGGCGCCUACCACACGUCCACAUCCUGAUGUACGUGAAACCGUCUACUAUUACGGCAUGCAAACGAUUGGCGAUGAAGAAACCUGGGAUGCCAUGUGGCAGCUGUACAUUGCCGAGAGCGAUGCGAAUGAGAAGUCGAAAUUGAUGUAUGGCUUAUCAGCUGUGCAAGUGCCGUGGAUUUUAAAUGAUUUCGUCACACUCGCUUGGUCCGAGGAUAAUGUGCGCGGUCAGGACUACUUCACUUGUCUACAGUAUAUCGCCGCCAAUCCUGUGGGUAGGCCAAUCGUCUGGGAUUAUGUACGCGAACAGUGGCCACAGUUGGUAGCGCGUUUCGGCAUAAACGAACGCACUUUGGGCAAUUUGAUACCAGCAAUAACGGCACGCUUUGAUACGCAAGUCAAGUUGGAGGAUAUGCAAUUUUUCUUCGCUAAAUAUCCAGAAGCUGGCGCUGGUGCGGCGGCACGUACACGCGCUUUGGAGACGGUUAAGAAUAAUAUUGAGUGGUUGGCGAAUAAUAGGGAACCGAUUGACGCUUGGUUGGAGAAGUAUUUGGCUUGAGUGUUAAAGUUUAAGUGGAAAGUGCUUUUUUUUUUUAAAUAUAUAUGUAUGUAUGUAUAUGUGUUAUAGAACAAAUAUAUUCUGAGGUACUAAAUU